AUGUCUUCCCUUCCUCCUCUUCCUGAGGAUGGAGAAGUCGAAGAACAGGCCAUCGUUGCCGAAGAUACUCAAGGUUCUUCUAUUCCUGAAAGUGAAGUCGCGGGUUCUCACAAAUCUGCGGCUUCUCACGAAAAAGAAGUUGAGUCUGAAGCCAGUGAGUCGACGCAAUCCCUUCCUCCUGCUGUUUCUCCAAGGAACAAAAGGAAAAGGACUGAUGCCGAGGAUUCUGGCACUUCUAAGGCUGAAGAAGUUGUUCCUUCUCAUCCGAAGGCAGCUUACGAUCCUUAUGUUGAAUCCCUCGUCAGCUCUGAUGACGAGGAAGAAGUACCAACUACUGACGUGGCUCCUCGGACAAGCACGUCACGUACUGUACUUGCUUCAGACACGCUAGUUGAAGGAGAAGAAACCUCGCCUCCUCAACAAAACGUCGUCACUACUACUCCACCAUCAAGCCCCCUUGCUCCUUCACCAAAAAGGACAAGGGUUGAAAAGAUUGUUGAACCUGCCCCUCAGUUGGGCAGUUCGUCGACUCUGCUCUUAGAUGAUGUAAGCUUGUCGACAUCUAUAUUUUCCUUAUUUUGUUUUUUCACACCUUUUCUCUUUUUCAUGCCGAUGUUUCUCUUGCUGUGUUCACCUUGAACAGCCUAUGAUCAAAGAUCUUCUCCGCAUCGGUUCCCAAUUUAUUGGAUACCGUGAAUAUGCUAAUAGAGUCGAAGGUAACGACUUUUA